UUCCUUAACUUUCUCAUCCUUCUAAUCCAAGUUGGCUUCUUUUCCCCUAAAAUUUCCUCUCUUCUUUCUCCUUGUUCAAUCAGAAAAUUUUCCAAUAACAUGAUUUUGUUUUGGUCAAGUAUUUUUGUAGAUCUGUAAACAUAUCGAUGGGUGGUGUUGCUGUUCUUCAUCCUCAAGAUUGUCUAAAGGAUCAUCGUGAUGGUUUAUUCUCCACACCGGUGAAAUCUCGCCGUUCCCCUAAAUCAAGCGUCAAUUAUUCGAGUUCUACCCCUAAUUUGACUAGAUAUGAUGGCCGAAAACGAAGCCCACCAACCAGGGUGCGGAAGAACAACAGAACUACCGCUGCGAUGGUUGUUGAUCAGCCCAAGCACCUCGUUAUGGGACAGGUUAAGAUUUUGAAACGUGGUGAGGCGUUGGACGAAUCAUCGACGGUUUUGAAAGACAUGAACGAUCGCAAGGUCUCAAACGGUACAGUGACCACACCGCCAAAAGACGUCGCCGGUGAUCGAAAGGUUUUCCGAGAUUUGACCGGUGCUCGGAGAGUUUUACUGACGAAGAAAAAGCCCGAGAAGGAGAAGAAAAGUUGCUCGAAUCCAAGCCUUAAGGUUGACGCUUUGAAGGUGGAUGAUCUCGCCCUUUCGUCAACAGAUCGGUUGGGACCCGACCCGGAGAUGGUGUCAAAACAGAUGAAGAAAAACAUAGCCGAGUUCUUCUUCGCAGGGUCUCCUUUUGUGGAUUCACCACCACCAAGCUCUCUUCCCUUGCCUGGUUUCUUCACAAAGAAUUUUGUCGAUCCAAGCACCGAUCUCCGACGGAUGCUCGGUUUGAGUCUUUCUUAGUUAAAUAUCACCAUAAUUUCGUUCGAAUCGUUGAUGAACAUGUUGUUUGCUUCGAAUUCGAACCCUUUUCCCUAAUUUUUUAUUGGGAAAGUUCGAAUCUGGUAAGCAAGCUUGUGUACUUGUCAAUUAGAUGCUUUACUGUAGUAAGCUGGUUAAUAAGUGUUGGUUUAUAUUGAUUAGGGGAACAUAUUGUGAUGGGUAGUCUUGUUUUUCUUCAUAUAAAUUAAGCUAUUUUGUGUGUUCUAAUACAAAGUAAGGUUAGGGUUAUCUGGGUUGUAAUGUAAUCCAGUUGGAGAUGAUUAGUUUCUUGUAUGUAAUUAGAUCAUCAAUUAUCUAUAUUAAACCAUAUUAAUAUUAUGCUCU